AUGAUCACCCGUGCUCUACCUGGUCUGGAAGUCCUCCGUCUUCGCUCAAUUGCCGUCGAGUCUGUAGCCCUGGAUAGCACAUCGCCGCCUCGCUCCCCUAUUGCUGUCAACCAGAAGCUCCGUGAGAUACACCUCCGGGACUACGAUGGUUGUGAAUGUCCCCUGGGGAUGUGUGACGGGCAGCACCUCACUUCGAGUCUGCUCGAUGUUCUCUCGUCGUACACAACUGUGGACACCAUCUUCCUCCGGUAUACUGGUUUCCUCUCCGCUUCGGAAUUCCAUUCUUUUGUCUAUGUGUUCCCGGCCCUUCGCAACAUGCGUAUAGAUGGUGACCUGUUGCCAGAAGACUUGGGGUCUCCGAUGACCCCGGCUGAAACGGUCGCGCUGGCGACAGGCGUGAAUGCUGGUAAUUCAUGGGCCUCCGUCCACCUGUGGCAAGUAUCCUCAGCUUUUGCCACUAUGUUCUUCGAGCUAUUUGCACAGCAGUGUCGCAAGCUCGAAGAGCUGCACAUCGAUCUCCUGGAACCGCCCUCAUCCGCAAUGGUUCAGACCAUCAGCCAAAUUCUACGAGAUUCCGGGCCGGCAUUGGGGGAGUUCGAAUGGAGUCACCCUGGUUGGAUUGAUGCUUUCCUUCCCCAUCAUGUUCCAGGCCGUCUUCCACCUUCGCUGUCAUAUAACGCCAGUCUGGCAGUUCUGACCAUAGACUUUACUUCUCCCUCGUCGCUGAACAUGCCUUGGGUCUACGGAACUCUCCUGAGCCUGUUCACGCAACUUGGGAGCACGCAUUUGCAAAGCGCACACGUUUCCUUCCUAACCUUCCACGGUACAGACGGUUCCGCAUGCGCGAUCACGGCGGAGGCCAUUGCAGCGUUUCAUGCCGCUCUCUCCCGUAACGUAUUUGCAAGGUUGUCCUAUGCGGCUGUCACCAUCCUCUUCCGCGUCAGCAUGGGCUCGAACCAAGAACACGCUUCAAACUGCGUUGCAGAAACACUAUGCACGUCGGCUACCGUCAAGUCCUUCCUCGUUCCCCUCUUUAGUCCUUGGCUGGCUCGUGGAGUCAUUGCGCUGGAACUUCCUGAUGGAUCGCGUAUCUAG